UCGUGGUUUAAACUUAAAAUGUCUAUAAUAAAUCCGGGACUGUAUUACAUGAUCCUGGAGACCUACCAACAGUACCAACACGACGUUGAGAAGUCGAUCACACCACAGAAUAGAUUAAACCGAGAUCACCAAAAAAAAAAAAAAUACCGGACCCUUAUCAUUUUUKGGACAACUGCUUAUCACUGGCUUUCUGAUUAGAAGCACCAAGAAGUUAGAAUGUUCAGGCUAUAGAAGCAUUAGAAGCUAGAAGCAUUCAUACAAAAUUACAAAACACAUUUUUCAUUUAUGACUGUCGGCUGUCAUUUUUGGCUAUCUUUUGUUUUCUUUGUUGGUACGAGACACAAGUGCGACAAAUUUUAUAAUUAUGCUCAUCAUCGCCAGAUCCGGUCGCUUUUUUAGUAGUAAGUCAGCUGCAAUUACAAAAAUUCAUCGAAAAAUUUAUCCACAACACUACCUUACCAAAAUAAUUCAACCAGAUGGUUCAAGUUAUACCAUCAGAUUCAACGAUCCUCGAAUGAUUAUAAAAUUACCUCUAGAUAUGAAUUUAAUUAGUGAAGAAGAGCGCAAGCGCAGGAUUGAAGCAAGAAGACCAAAACAAAAGGUCAAAAUAGUAGAGGAAUUGGACGAUUCAUUUGAUAGGACUAAGUAUCUAAAAUAUUUUAAAAAGUGACAUUGAUUAUAUCAUAAUAUACAAAGUAUAAAAUGUGUAUAAUUAAUUAAC